AUGCGAUUCCAACUGGCUUACUUCCUUGGCUUCCUGGCCCUUGUUGCCACUAUCCUCGCCCAGACCUCCACCCCCCCGGAUCCCACAACCCCACCCGCUUCGCCCACAACACCCACCGAUCCCACUACUCCUCCGACCAGUCCAACCACGCCACCCACCACACCAACUACGCCGCCCACCACGCCUCCUGCAUCCACUGAUCCUACCAGCAGCACUCCCGCUUCUUCCACUGCCUCCACCACCGCUGCUCCAUCAAGCGGAGGAACCAAGAAGAAGCAUGUUUUCAGGUCAAGGUGCAGGAGAAACCGCCCCGGAAGGAAGACAAUAUCGCACCGCAGGGGAUCCCGCGGACGCAGGUCUUCCCGGAACUAA